AUGUCUCCAUCGCAUUCUCCAUCCUCCUCCCCGCAUCACACACAAUCACCAUCGGGAUCGCCAUCGCCUAGUGCUCACAUACCCACGCUAUCUCCCUUGAACACCAACCCCCCUAAUCGGCGAGCACCGUUGCAGCGGCCGCCAUCAUAUGCCAAAAGUCGAAUGUCAACGUACUCUACGACAUCGAAAUACUCUCACGGGGGCUCGAGACCGGUCUCCUAUGCUUUUCCUGCUUUCCAUUCUAGCCUCCCCUACGCCCUAGUUCGAGAUUUUGCGUAUCCAAUAGUACAUCCUUGGCAUUACGGGCCUCCUCCAGAGGUAUCGGAGCCGCCUUCUGGAAAUUCGACGCCUGCUAGCGAAAGGCAGCGCAGGUCGUCAGAUCCUGCAAACGCUACAUGGGACGGCGCAAAUCCACAGUGGUCUGCCGGGCCUUGGGGAGGUGAUGGUUUCUUCUCUAACCAGCAGCUGCCUCAGAUGGCAUACGGAGACGGCCCACCGUACAGCGAGGAUGAGGAUUUGCACAGUCCAGUCGUGGUUAGCUCGAGACAUAAGAAGAACAAGUCAACGUUUGCUGCUGCGGGCUCUAGGCCUGGAAAAAGAAGGGGAAGAAGCCCACAGCAAGACGUGGAGGAGGAAGAUGAGGAUGAUUUGCCACCCAACCAUGAAGGAUCGCGGAGUUACUUUGCGGGUGUCAACGGCGAUGGGACCCAAACAUACUACAUUGGCGAAGAGGACGAAAGCGCAGAUGGUCCUGGAGGGGAGCUCGUCACAUACCCGCCUGACCAGGCACGGCAGUCACUGCUAGCUCCGAACACCUAUGCAAGCCCCAGACAAAGAGAUUCCCAUUUUGCAACAUUACCGAAUCGGUCUUACGCACAAGAAGAUGCCUCAGAAGAUUCGAGCGACGAAGGUUCAGGAAUGCCAGACCAGGAUACAGAUUCUCGAUAUUCGAGAGACUACCAGUUUACGAUUGCUUCUCCUGACGAGGAAAUGCACGGCAAGGCUGUCGCACUCUUCGAUUUUGCUAGGGAGAGCGUAAGUGAGCUUCCUUUAAAAGAGGGUCAGAUAGUAUGGGUUUCUUAUCGUCACGGUCAAGGCUGGCUGGUGGCCGAGGAUCCCAAGACUGGUGAAUCGGGGCUUGUGCCAGAAGAAUUUGUGCGGCUACUGCGUGACAUUGAAGGCGGCUGGAGCGCUUUGAGUGGAGAGCAGCCAGUUGAAGAGGGCGGUCCAUCGUCCCCAGUGACAACGAUGCAUGACUCCGUAGCGACGCCAACCCAGUCUGAGCCGGGGGUGCACACGCAUUCAGCUCACGGCAGCAACGUAAGCAGUGGCGGUGAGAAGCGGCCUCCGAUAGUCAGCACAUUUUCAACGAGCAGCAAGGAUUUGAAUCCCUAUCCCCAUCAUCUGCGGGGUGAAAAGGCAGGAGGCACUCCACCCCAAGUGGUGCAUUAUGGAAGUCCUACAGUCACGAGCCCCUCUGCAGGUCCCCAUGGCCUGCGAGGUUUCGAGGUUAUGAAAGGACCGGAGGAAGAAGCGGAGGCAGACGAGGAGAGCGAGGCCGAAAAGGAUCAGUCGAAAGGAAAGCGGUAA